GUGGCAUGUUAUUUCAGACACUGCCAUGCCACGUAUUAGCUUGGUAUCAGGAGGAAUAGGCUGGUGCGGCUGCCAUACAUCACUGAUUGAAGACUAUAUUAUAUGAGGAAGAGCCGAGUCCCCUGUUACACCUCCUGCCGCCAGCAGCCACAGGUGUGUGCCCAUCCCUCCCCUGUCCCUCCCAGCUGAGAGGUGACUGGGACACCCCUCCCCCUUCCCGGAUGAUGGUGGUGAGUGGGGGUGGGGGGCACCGAGCUGCUGCUGGCCGGGAACCAGCUUCCACAUUCCAGGCCGGAGCAGUGACAUUCCGGAGCGGGCUGACGUGCAGCAGAGGAAUGUGUGAGCGGAGGCCCUGAGCGAGGGACAUCCAGCAGUGGGAGCUUCUGUCUUACUCCGCUGCCUCCUCCAUGGGAACACGGGCCAGCCAGCAGCAGCAACGCCCUGCCCUGCUCUGUGUGCGGGAAUAGCAGCAGCUGCUACACUCCUCCUGCGGGGAGUAACCACUGCCAGUGUUCCGGCGGGUGCGUGCGACCUCUCUGGGGGACCGGGUUGUGCUUCACACACACACUCCACCCAGUGGAUCGGGCUCCCGUGGCUGACAGAAAACUUUCUCUUCUCGGUGCUGAUCCUGGGUGGAGAGCAGUGCAUACGUGUGGCAGAGUGCGGCGGCUGAGGGUGUAAUGCGGGAGCUUGGGAGGUGUCCAUGGAAUGGUCAGCAGCAUGCCGGGCUGUCUGAGUGACAUGUGCAGCCUCUUGGUGGGGGAACUCGUUAUACUUGUUGUUAUAGGAGAACGUACAAGAGCAAGAAAAGGUUAAUGAAAGUCAUUGCAGCUGUACAUUAUAGCCCUGGUUUUGGCAAGAGAUCUGCAGGAAGCUUCAGGCGUGGCUGUGAAUGCAUUGUGCUGGAACCCUCCGAAAUGAUUGUGGUGGACUAUAUGGAUGAAAAUGAAGAGUAUUUCCAGCGUCAAGCAUCACAUCGGCAGUCUCGCCGGAGAUUUAGAAAGAUCAACCAGAAAGGAGAAAGACAAACCAUUAUUGAUACUGUGGAUUCUUACCCAGUUGGAAAACCUCCGCUGCCGAGAGGCUAUCACACAGAAUGCACUAAACCUCAGCUCCCUGCUGAUUUCACUAAACUGCACAUCACAGACAGUCUACAUCCGCAGGUAACCCAGGUGUCCUCCAGUCACUCAGGAUGUAGCAUCACUAGUGAUUCUGGGAGCAGCAGCUUGUCUGACAUCUACCAGGCCACAGAAAGUGAGCCAGGAGAUAUGGACCUUAGUGGGCUACCAGAGACUGCUGUGGACUCAGAAGACGACGACGAUGAAGAGGAUAUUGAGAGAGCAUCUGAUCCCUUAAUGAGUCGCGAUAUUGUAAGAGAUUGCUUGGAGAAAGAUCCCAUCGACAGAACAGAUGAUGACAUUGAACAACUCCUCGAGUUCAUGCAUCAGCUGCCUGCUUUUGCCAAUAUGACGAUGUCUGUCAGGCGUGAGCUGUGCGCUGUCAUGGUGUUUGCUGUUGUGGAACGGGCAGGAACCAUCGUACUAAAUGAUGGAGAGGAGCUCGAUUCCUGGUCAGUCAUUUUAAAUGGCUCAGUGGAAGUGACAUACCCUGAUGGCAGAACAGAAAUACUUUGCAUGGGAAACAGCUUUGGCGUCUCUCCAACCAUGGAUAAGGAGUACAUGAAGGGAGUGAUGAGAACCAAAGUGGAUGAUUGCCAGUUCGUUUGCAUAGCACAGCAAGAUUAUUGCCGCAUCCUGAACCAGGUGGAGAAGAACAUGCAGAAGGUGGAGGAGGAAGGGGAAAUAGUGAUGGUGAAAGAGCACAGAGAGCUAGAUCGCACUGGCACCAGGAAAGGUCACAUUGUCAUCAAGGGAACUGCGGAACGUCUCACAAUGCAUCUAGUAGAAGAACAUUCUGUAGUUGACCCUACGUUUAUAGAAGAUUUCCUCCUGAACUACAGAACUUUUUUGUCAAGUCCUAUGGAAGUUGGGAAGAAGCUACUGGAGUGGUUUAAUGACCCCAGCCUCAGGGACAAGGUGACUCGAGUAGUGUUGCUGUGGGUGAACAACCACUUUAAUGACUUUGAAGGUGACCCGGCCAUGACCCGUUUUUUAGAGGAAUUUGAAAACAACUUGGAACGAGAGAAAAUGGGUGGACACCUGAGACUGUUAAAUAUUGCAUGUGCUGCCAAGGCGAAAAGAAGACUGAUCACCCUAACAAAGCCAUCUCGAGAAGCUACUUUGCCUUUCACAUUGCUGGGGGGGUUGGACAAGGGAUUUGGCAUCUUUGUUGACAGCGUGGAUCCUGGAAGCAAAGCAGUGGAGGCCGGCUUAAAGAGAGGGGAUCAGAUAUUGGAGGUGAAUGGUCAGAACUUUGAAAACAUUCAGCUAACGAAGGCUAUGGAAAUCUUCAAGAACAAUACUCACUUGUCUAUCACUGUGAAAACCAAUUUGUUUGUGUUUAAAGAGCUGCUAGCUAGGAUGUUGGAAGAGAAGAGAAAUAGUGCUCCACACUUGCCAAAAAUUGGUGACAUCAAAAAGGCUAGUCGCUAUUCUAUUCCUGACCUUGCUGUUGAUGUUGAACAAGUUAUAGGACUUGAAAAAGUAAGCAAAAAAGGCAAAGCAAAUACUGUUGGAGGACGGAACAAGUUGAAGAAAAUUUUGGAUAAAACACGGAUCAGUAUUCUGCCUCAGAAGCCUUACAAUGACAUUGGCAUCGGGCAGUCUCAAGAUGACAGCAUUGUUGGUCUGCGGCAGACUAAGCACAUGCCGGCCACGCUCCCUGUCAGUGGGACCCUGUCGUCCAGUAACCCAGAUUUACUGCAGUCUCAUCACCGUAUCUUGGACUUUAACACCACCCCAGAUCUUCCUGACCAGGUACUGCGAGUGUUUAAGGCAGACCAGCAGAGCCGCUAUAUAAUGAUAAGCAAAGACACAACUGCCAAGGAAGUGGUCAUUCAGGCUAUUAGGGAGUUUGCACUGACUGCUGUACCUGAUGCAUACUCUUUGUGUGAGGUGUCUGUCACCCCCGAAGGUGUCAUCAAGCAGAGGCGGCUCCCUGAUCAGCUGUCUAAGCUGGCAGACAGAAUACAGCUCAGUGGCAGGUACUACCUUAAAAACAACAUGGAAACAGAAACCUUAUGCUCAGACGAGGAUGCCCAGGACCUGCUAAGGGAAAGUCAGAUUUCAUUGCUGCAGCUAAGUACCAUCGAGGUGGCCACCCAGCUGUCAAUGAGGAAUUUUGAGCUGUUCCGGAACAUAGAGCCCACAGAGUACAUCGAUGACCUCUUCAAGCUGAAGUCAAAAACUGGUUGCACCAACCUCAAGAACUUUGAGGAAGUAAUUAACCAAGAAACCUUUUGGGUGGCCACAGAAAUCCUAAGAGAAACCAACCAACUGAAAAGGAUGAAGAUCAUCAAACAUUUUAUCAAGAUUGCGUUGCACUGUAGAGAGUGCAAGAACUUUAACUCUAUGUUUGCAAUCAUUAGUGGCUUAAAUUUGGCAGCAGUAUCAAGACUGAGAACAACAUGGGAAAAACUCCCUAGCAAAUAUGAAAAACUCUUUCAAGACCUCCAAGACCUCUUUGACCCAUCAAGGAACAUGGCAAAAUAUCGUAAUGUGCUGAAUAGCCAGAACCUACAGCCUCCCAUUAUCCCACUAUUUCCUGUUAUUAAGAAAGAUCUUACUUUCUUACACGAAGGCAAUGACUCCAAAGUGGAGGGAUUGGUGAACUUUGAGAAACUAAGGAUGAUUGCAAAAGAAAUCCGGCAUGUUGGUCGUAUGGCAUCAGUUAACUUAGAUCCAGCCUUAAUGUUCAGGACAAGGAAGAAGAAGUGGAGAAGUUUGGGGUCACUCAGUCAAGGCAGCACUAAUGCAACCGUCCUUGAUGUUGCACAGACUGGUGGUCACAAAAAGCGCGUGCGCCGGAGCUCUUUCCUAAAUGCCAAGAAGUUGUACGAAGAUGCACAGAUGGCUCGUAAAGUCAAGCAAUACUUGUCCGAUCUUGAUCUUGAAAUGGAUGAAGAGAACCUACAGACGCUCUCUCUUCAGUGUGAGCCAGCAACAAAUACAUUGCCAAAAACGCCUUGUGACAAAAGAUCAGGAAAAUCUGAUACAUCGCCGGUAGCGCCCCGGGCAGUAACGCAGCAGAAACAACAGACAAUGAAGGUGAAUCAGGCAUUGCAAGUGCCAGCUGUAUCUCUCUACCCUUCUCGAAAGAAGGUGCCAGUCAAGGAUCUACCUCCCUUUGGCAUGAACUCACCACAAGCGUUAAAGAAAAUUCUUUCACUAUCCGAAGAAGGAAACUUAGAGCGACUGAAGAAAGCAGCAGAGGACACUUUAUCCAAUGCCUCAUCACACCUCUCUUCCCCUCCCACAUCUCCACAAAACUCUCCAAGAAAAGGUUACUCCCUAGCAGCAAGUGGCACUGUGGAUAACUUCUCAGACUCUGGCCAUAGUGAGAUCUCCUCCAGAUCCAGCAUCGUCAGUAACUCCUCGUAUGACGGCAUGCACUUGCAUGAUGAUAGGCGACAGCGACACUCAGUCAGCAUUGUGGAGACAAAUCUAGGUGUGGGAAGGACGGACAGGAGAGCCAUGAUGGAAGCUGACAAUUGCUGUAUAGGCCCCUACGCACAUUCGGCAGAGAGCAGAGGCAUAUAUGCUGGUGCCACAGUUCUGUCUUCUCCCAGCAUGGAAGAGCUCUCACAGGACCAAGGCGACAGAGCUUCCCUAGAUGCUGCCGACAGUGGGCGAGGUAGCUGGACCUCUUGUUCAAGUGGGUCUCAUGACAACAUACAGACUAUUCCGCAUCAGAGAAGUUGGGAGACUCUCCCUUUUGGUCAUGUUCACUUUGAUAGCACAUCAGAUGGGGCAGGUUUCUGGACGUCAAUGAGUCAUCCAGACCAGGUCACGUUUUCUGACCAUAGCACAAAGUAUGGCAGACACGGUCAAGGAAGAGAGACUUUAGAUCAAGCACAGUCCAGAGCAAGUUGGGCAUCAUCCACUGGUUAUUGGGGUGAGGACUCUGAGGGGGACACUGGCACCAUUAAGAGAAGAGGUGGAAAAGAUGUGACCCUCGAAGCAGAAACUAGCAGUAUAACGUCACAGACUUCAGAUGACUUAAAGCCUCUCCCUAUGCCCCCACACAUAGCUGUAACCACAGCUUCUUCAAAGGGUCUUAUUGUGUAUUGUGUUACCACAGCACGGAAAGAAGGGCGCUACCGAGAGCCACCACCAACACCUCCAGGAUACGUAGGAAUUCCCAUAGCCGAGUUUGCUGAAGGGCACCCACAAUUAUCCAGGAAGCCCCCGGACUAUAACGUAGCACUGCAGCGCUCCAGGAUGAUGGCUCGGAGGAGUGACAGUGAAGGAGCUCCGGCAACAUCUCCACCAUCACAUAAUCAGCCUUCUAACAAGCCAGUUAACAAACCCCAAUGGCAUAAACCAAACGAGUCCGAUCCACGACUAGCUAUAUAUCAGGCACAAGGAGUUACUGAAAAAGAUGAUGCAGAUGAUGAACAAGUAUCUGCUGUAUGAGGAUGAGACCUUAUCCUUUUCUAGGAUAAGCCACCUUUAAAAAGGAGAGCACAAGAGGAUGCCCCAUAUGAUUGGAGUCUGUGGACCGGUUUCCUUCUCCUCUGCCUUAAAGCAGCACCGGGCAUCGUCUAUCCUUCUGUCCCACUCCCUGGCAUGUAAAAUACUGUGAAGACAUCACCCUGGCACUUUUCGCCCUCCGCAAGCUGUCGCUUGAAAUAGUGCAGAAACCUGCAAUCUGAUGGUAGCUGGCUGAACCUUGCACAGUAUCAUUCCAAACUUCUCAGUCACCACAUCAGCAAUGACAGACUUUGAUUGCACUCCUUCACGUCUGAAGGGUGUCUAGUUUUUUUUUUUUAUAUCUGUAUUAACUUUUACUCCUAUACUGUACAUAGCUUUGUCUACUGUCUGUAAGACAAGCUAGUCAUGUGCUUAUAUCAGCCAUUUUUAACUUAAGAUGAGAUUGCAUUUCAAUAGUCUCUGUACACGGAUUUUGAGUUGGUUUUGAUUUGUUUACAAUAAUGUUUGUUACAAUACGGCCCCAUUAAUGAGUGAGCAGUCCUCUGCAGUAAGGAAGGUGCACGGUUUGCGUUCAGAGAGCUUGUAUGUUACAUCGGGAUAUUUACAGUGUUAUUUCACACCUAAGUUAUGACUUAUUUUUUUAUGUUUAUAUAGAGAUUUUUAAUUGAAAAAAAAAGAACUGGAUUAUAUUAACGUGAUGGCAGCUUGGAACUCUCAGCGAAUGCUACUAGUUGUUAUUACUGAGCAAAGAGCAAGCUCUUUCACCACCAACCUGAAAAAAUGAACUUCUUCAAAGACCAUUGGCAUUUUAUAGGCCAUCCCUAGCAAUGCAGCACACUUCUGUAGACGGAAAGCAGACUGAAAAGCCGUUAUGGGAUACCGCACUUGUAGAGAAGGCUAACGUGUAGCAUUCAUCCGCUCACAGCUGCUAUGACUGAAAUCACCAUCUUCUCCCUCUGCACAGACUCCGGAUACCUGAAGGCUGCCAAUCCGAGUAAUAAUCCUGUGUUGAGGAACUUGUGAUCUUGGAUUAUUCUGAUAAAUAUUUUUUUUCCAUUUGAGCUGAUCAUAUUGAUCAGUGGUUAAGCAUAUAUAUAUGUAUACAACUUUAAAGGAAACAUGGAAACAAAUUGCAGUGUUUUUUCACUGUUUAAAACGUCAGUGCUUUAUUUAAUUAUUCUCUCUCAAUACUGUUAUCAUGGCUUUUGUCUACCUUCUAUAUCACAUUGUCAGUUAUGCCUAUGUAAUUUUACAUGUUAUAUGCAUAUAUUUGCCAGCUUUUUUUUAUGUAGGCAGUGGACCUUGUGCACAGAGGCAGACAGAAGCCCAGCUCUAUCACACAUUGCACAAAUGUUCUAAGCAUCAUAUAAUGGUAGAAUAUAGGACUGCUGAUCUCAGUUCGCUCUGUGAUGUCAUGUGCAGAAUGUACAACUAACUGGUGAUUUCAUGAUACUACUUGUACCUGUAUGUCUUUUAGAAAGACAUUGGUAGAGUCUGUAUCCCUUUUGUAUUUUUAAUACAAUAAUUGUACAUAUUGGUUAUAUUUUUGUUGAAAAUGGUAGAAAUGUACUAUGUUUAUGCUUCUACAUCCAGUUUGUAUGAAGCUGGAGAAUAAAUAAAUAUAACAGUA